AUGGCAGCCAUAGACAAACCCCACGUUCUUGUUGAUGUGGAAGAAGACGGGGUUCACCGCCGGAGGUCCGACGCCAGCUCAGACGGAUCAGACGAGGAGGAGAGGUGUUCAAGUGAGUCUGCGUCUGAGAUUGUGGAGAGGGAAUCCUCUCUGUCAGAGAGUUCAGUGGAUCUGGAAUGUGAGGUAGCUGAGGUUAAGAUGCACGUGGCAAAGGUGGAGAGGGACUGUAGGAUUUGUCAUCUGAGCAUGGAUGCAACCAAUCAUGAAUCUGGGAUUCCUAUUGAGUUGGGCUGUUCUUGUAAGGCUGAUUUGGCUGCUGCCCACAAGCAGUGUGCUGAGGCUUGGUUCAAAUCAAGGGUAACAACAUUUUGA